AUGGUGCCCGUUGUGGACCUUGAUAUUGUCCGGGUUUCAUCUGGUCAGAGAGACCUUCAGAUCACUAGUGUGACAAGCCCCGCGUCCGCUCAACUUCUGAUCUCAUGGAACUCAACCUCCAGCCUUGUGUCCUACUUCAUGCUCGAGCUCCGGGUUGUAAAUAAUACCUCUAUUGCACCCAUCACUGCAUUUAUCAGCCUGUCUUCAAGGUCCAGACUCAUGCAGGGUUUACGUGCAGGGACUUAUUACCACGUAACCCUUAGAUCAUACGCAGCUAAUGGUGCUGUGCUUUCAACGGUCUGGGUGCAAUCACAGACAGUGCCUGCAACCCCACAGAUAACAACUACAAAUGGGAUCUCCAGCUCUGAAGUUAUGGUGUCAUGGACUUCCCAGGCUGGGGUGGAUUACUACUUUCUGAUGUUGACCCUCGGAACUGAGACAGUUAAUCGGACAGUCACGGCCCUGAACUGCAAUGUGGCGGGACUGCAGCCGUCAUCGCUUUACAACGUCGCAUUGUAUGCUGUGAAUUCUGCAGGCCCCAGUGCAGUCAGCAGACGCAUGACUGUCCUCACAUUGACACCCCCACCCACGGCUAUCACUGUAACGCCGCUUACAAGCUACUCAGUGAUGUUAACAUGGUUGAGCGUCGAGAAGGCAUUGAUGUAUGGAAUCUUCAUCUACGAAGAUGGGCCAGACCCUCAACUCACAGUUAUCCGGAAGACCACGUCUACCUCAAUCACCCUGGAAAAUCUGCACCCAUGCACUAAAUAUAUUUUUGGACUGACAUCAUAUAAUUGGUUUUACGUAUCUGGGGAAGAGAAUCGAGUACUACACAAAACUGGAAAUUUGGAUUCCCCAGAAGAUAUCACCAUCCAGUACUCCAGUAAUAUGGGCAAAGUGUUUUUAACCUGGAAGUCAAGUAUAGGUGCCUCUCUAUAUGUGGCCAGUGCUAAAUCCAAGAAUGGUCAUGAGGUCAUGUGCAACACUUCUUCAACCACCUGUGAGAUCCAGGGUUUUCUGUGUGAGCAAAAAUACACAGUCCACGUCAUCGCACAAAGUGCAAGCUGUAGCAGCAACAGUAGCAAUAUACUGACUUUGGAAACAGCUCCAUGUGCCCCAGAGAAUGUUACUAUCAUUCGUGACUGUCAAAUAAACACUGUGCGCCUCCACUGGAAUCCCAUCAUUGACGCCAUCAAAUACACCGCCCUUGCCCUAGCACCGGACGGCAGCAUUGAGCAGUGCACCAACCGAGAAACCCACUGCUUCUUCUUAAACCUGCCAUGUGGGACAGAUUAUGAGAUGAGUGUGUAUGCUUUCAAUGGGAAAAUCAAUGGUUCUAGCAGCCAGCCAAUCAAAAUGAGGACAGCACCAUGUGACCCCAAAAAUGUGGAAGCCAUCUCCAAAUGCAAUGACAAUACCUUGAGUGUGUCAUGGAACCAGUCGGUGGGAGCUAUCUCCUAUGUAGCAAGUGCUUUGGGGAGCAGUGGUGUUUCCUACAACUGCUCAUCUGAAGGCACCAGUUGCCUGAUAAGUGGCCUUCAGUGUGGAGAAAGUAUCUCUGUUUCUGUUAUCGCGUAUGACAACGAUUGCCCAAGUGGUAUAAGUGAGCAAAAGGAAAUAGCCACAGGUCCCUGUACACCCAAAAAUAUCUCCGCCAUGACUGACUGUCAGACCCAUUCCACCCUCAUCCAGUGGCAAAACAGCGAAGGGGCAAUUUCUUAUGUUGCAUAUGCAAAUUCCAACAAAGGCUCAGAAUAUACCUGCAAGUCCUUUGAUCAGAGCUGUACAAUCACUGAUUUACCAUGCGGGGAAACGUUCUCGGUGUUUGUAACUGCAUCUAACUACGAGUGUGAAAGUCCAUCUAGUCGUAUUGUGGAGAUUAAAACAGCGCCAUGUAUUCCCAGAAAAAUUGAAAAUGAACUAAGGUGCGAUCAGAACACAGUCUUUGUUAAAUGGCUUGAGGAUUUUGGAAAUCUGACAUUCAAAGCAACAGCUGAGCAAAAGGGUGCUGGAUUUUACAACUGUACAACCCAAGGAUAUGAUUGUGAAAUCAAGAACAUUAACUGUGGACAACUUUACUCUGUAUCUGUGCAGGCAGAUAAUGGUCAAUGUAUAUCUUCCACCAACUGGACAACACCAUUUUACUCAGCUCCAUGCAGACCAACACAACUGGCUGUCAACACCAUCUGUGCUAAUGGCAGUGUGGAGAUAUCAUGGGUCAAAAGUCAGGGACUGGGAGUAGAGCUGUAUGUAGCUGUGAUGAACAGUUUGGGAGGACAGCAUCUGAUGUGCCAGUCAACAUCUGAGUCGUGCAUUAUCCAGGAAACACAAUGUGGAGAAGCGUAUACAGCCACAGUCACAGCUGUUAAUAGCAACUGUCAAACGGUCUCCAGUACACUAUACGUAGACCCAGUACCCUGUUCUCCAAUGGAUUUGGCAGUCCAUGUUGCACCUAAUGUUGUUGGCUUAUCCUGGAUGGACAUGCCGGGGGCCAUAAAUUACACCACAGAGGUAACUGGGAAUGGUGGAGAUAAGCAUUUGUGUCACACAUCCAAUACUACAUGUUUAAUGACAGACCUCAUGUGCGGGCACCAGUACAACAUGUCAGUGACAGCCGUCGGAAAAUGGUGCAGCAGCAAGGCUAGUUCUACUAAAUUUCAAACAGCUCCUUGCAUUCCCCAAAAUGUGUCCAGAUAUUUGGAUUGUAUCACAAAUGUUGUAACUGUUUCAUGGGACAGGAGCCAGGGGGCUGAUAACUACAUAUCGGAAGCAAUUGGUUUAAAUGGGAAGCAUCACACUUGUAAUACCACUGGCACAUCAUGUAUCUUCAGUGACUUAGUAUGUGGACGAGUAUAUUCACUAACUGUAUCAGCAACAAAUGGCAACCUCAGAAGUGAGCCCAGCCAACUCGUACAAUUCCACACUGUUCCCUGCCAGCCGCAGAAUGUGACGGCACAAGUGAACUGCAGGAGCUCAGCUGCCUACCUGAGCUGGAACAAAGCAGAUGGGGCACUGAGAUAUACAACUACCUUAUCAUCACCUGGAGAAGAACACUCAGUGUGUAAUAGCACUGAGUUGGGCUGCGAGGUCGUUGGUCUCCAGUGUGGAAAGACUUACAAUGUGACGGUCAAAGCAUUUAACAAUCAGUGCGAAAGCAAACCGAGCUUUCCUGCAGAGCUAUACACAGUUCCAUGCUCUCCAAUGAAUCUGGCAGCUCAAGUCAGUUCUAAUCAUGUGUCUUUGUCCUGGAUGGAUGCACAUGGGGCCCUAAAUUACACAACAGACAUCACAGGAGAAGAUGGAGAGAAGCAUACAUCCCAAACUUCAAACAUCACAUAUUUAAUAACAGAACUCAUGUGUGGACAUCAAUACAAUGCAUCAGUAACAGCCUUUGGAUACUGGUGUCAGAGUGACGUUAGUUCAAGUCAUGAAUUUCAAACAGCUCCUUGCACCCCCCAAAAUGUGACCACCAGUUUGGACUGUGUUAAUAACACUGCAACGGUUUCUUGGAACAACGUUCUUGGAGCAACCAAUUAUACUGCAGUCGUAACUGGGAAAGAUGGGGAGCUCCAUGUGUGCAAUUCAACAAACACCCUGUGUGACUUUGUCAGCCUUACAUGCGGGAGGACUUACUUGGUAACUGUAGCAGCAACCAAUGGAAUGAGCCAUAGUGAUCCCAGUGUUCCUGUAGAAUUACAAAUGGCUCCCUGUAUAACAGAAAAUGUAUCCCCUAUGGUUGACUGCAAGGACAAUAGCGCAGCUCUUUCCUGGAGCGGGACACUGGGGGCUGAGAAUUACACAGCGGUGGUGGUGGGGCCUGACAAUAAGGAGCACACUUGCCACACUGCUAACACUAGCUGUCACAUCCCGGCUUUGAGAUGUGGUGUCACAUACAAGGUCACUGUCAUGGCAUUUAAUUCUCAGUGUCAAGGAAAGAACAGCACUGCUAUACCAUUUAUCACAGCCCCUUGUGCUCCUACCAGUUUCCAUGCUGAAACAGACUGUGUUGAAGGCUCUGUGACCCUCUCCUGGCAGCAGGUGCCUGGCGCUGAAUAUUAUAUGGGCUAUCUCAUGGGAUCUGGUGGUCUAAAUCGGACUUGCAGUCCAACACAACCAAACUGCACAAUCUCCAACCUACCAUGUGGACAGGAUUACACAGUGGCUCUUUCAGCUGCCAACAGUCAAUGCAGAGGACCAAUGAGCCAAAGCAUUAGGGUCUUGACUGCCCCUUGCAUUCCUUUGAACGUGAACACAUUUCUAGACUGUAUGGAUAACUCAGCAUUGAUAACCUGGAACCAGGCCCGUGGAGCUGUCAAUUAUACAUCGUCGGUGACAGGACUGCAUGGAGAGAAAUAUAACUGCAGCAGUCACGAUACAUCAUGCUGGAUGCGGGACCUCCCAUGCGGGGAAACCUUUGCAGUGAUGGUUACAGCCCAGAAUGACAUGUGCACCAGUGCAGAAAAUAGUCUGAGGAUCCUCCAGACAUGUCCCUGUGUGCCCCAGAAUCUAACUAUUAUUUCUGCCUGUGGCUCCAACAUGGUGACACUACAGUGGGUGGCAUCUCCAGGAGCAAUGUUUUAUAUGGGCACCAUGACAUCAUCCAAAGAGGACAUUUAUGUUUGCAACACAACAGAUACAGCCUGUAAUAUAAAUGGAAUAAAGUGUGGCGAGACGUACAAUGUGUCGCUUACAGUGUUCAACAACCAACUAGCCAGUGUCAGCCUCGAACACCAAAUAUUUCAGACAGCCCCGUGUGUCCCCACAAAUAUCAUGGCAGAGCUACAAUGUGGUACUGAUUUAGCAUUGGUAAGGUGGGAUUCGGCCCUUGGAGCGACAAUGUAUACUGUGGUCGUGACUGGUAUAAAUGGCUGGAAUAAAAUAUGUACCACACCCAACAUCACCUGCGAGAUCACGGGCCUAGAAUGUGGUCAAAUAUAUGGCAUAGACCUCACCGCAUAUAAUUCCCAAUGCAGCAGUGUGGCUAGUCCAGUGGAAUUCCAUACAGAACCCUGUGUGCCACAAAACAUGAAGGCUGAGGUACUUUGUGGAAUGAAUAUGGCAGCAAUAUCUUGGAACAGACCACCUGGAGCUUUAAAUUACACAGCUGUGGUUCGGGGACCUCAUGGACAAGAGCAUUCCUGCAGUACAAAUGAAUCAACGUGUAGUAUUGGCAUGCUGACCUGUGGUCAGCGCUACAAUGUUACAGUCACAGCCUUUGGAGAUCAGUGCACAACUGAGAGUAGAACCUCAGAGUUUCACAGCAGUCCUUGCACACCAACAAAUGUGUCAACACAGAUUCAUUGCGAGGACAACACAGCAACAGUAACUUGGAACCCAAGUUCCGGAGCAGAAAGUUAUAUUUCCAGAAUUACCACAGUCAAUGAAGAGGAGUAUUCCUGUAAUUCUACAGGAAGCAGCUGUGAUGUCAAUGCCAUGUUGUGUGGCCACACAUACACCGUUACCGUCACUGCAGUUAAUGCUCAGUGUACCAGUGAACCCAGUGCCCCAGCUCAGCUGAAGACUGGUCCAUGUGUCCCUCAAAUAUUAGACACAUUACCCCUAUGUGUCACGGACUUCCUCACUCUGUCAUGGGGUGAGACAUCUGGAGCAGAACGUUACGUGGGAAUCUUAAUGGAAAGCAGUGGGAAUGCUUUAACCUGUAACACCACUGAUGGAAGCUGUGAUAUCAGAGCCAUAGAGUGUGGACGGACUUAUACUGCAUCUGUAGCGGCAUUUAAUGACCAGUGCAGCAGUGGGAACAGCUCAUUUGUCACGGUCAAAGCAGCUCCAUGUGUCCCCACUGAUCUCAGUGGCUCGGUGACAUGUGACACCCAUUCUGUGACCUUGUCUUGGGAUUCUGCCCGUGGUGCAGAUAUAUACACCAUUAUCGCUCAAAAUGGAGAGCAUGAGAGCUUGUGUGUUACUUCAAAUACAUCUUGCAAUUUUACUGAUCUGCUGUGUGACGAGGACUAUGAAUUCACAAUAAUUAGCUCUUCUGAGAGCUGCAACAGCACUGGGAACAAAUCUAUCCAUCUGGAAACAAUUCCCUGUGCUCCCCAAAUCCUUGAUGUCUAUACGAUGUGUGGGAAUAAUUCUGGGUUUGUACAAUGGGAUAAGAGCCAAAAUGCCAGAUCAUACAUGGUCAGUGCAAACAGCUUUGAUACUACCCUGUCAUGCAACACAUUUGACACGUCCUGUGAGCUCCAGAACUUGAACUGUGGGGAGAAUUACACUGUGACAGUAUUUGCAGAGGAUGGCAUCUGCCAGGGACCUGGUAGUACAGAUGUCACCUUUCAAUCAGCACCGUGUGUUCCUACAAACAUCAGGGUAGAACUAGAGUGUGGGACUGACUUGGGGUCCUUGUGGUGGGAUUCUGCACUUGGAGCAACAAUGUAUUCUGCAGUUGUUACCGGGGCAAAUGGAUGGAACAUAACGUGUACCUCCCAGACCACAACCUGUGACAUCAGUGGCCUUGAGUGUGGGCAGACAUACAGUGUACUGCUCACUGCAUCCAAUUUUCAUUGUAGCAGUGUGGCAAGUCCAGUGGAAUUCUACACAGAACCCUGUGUGCCACAAAACGUGAUGGCUGUGGUCCUUUGCGGAACAAAUAUGACAGCAUUAUCAUGGGACAGAUCAUCUGGAGCUCUGAAUUACACAGCAGUGGUUAGAGGAUCUCAUGGAGAAGACUAUGCCUGCACUACAUUUGAAUCAACUUGUAGUAUUGAGAUGCUAGCCUGUGGUCAGAUUUACAAUGUUACAGUCACAGCAUUUGGAGAUCAGUGUAAAACUGAAAGUGCAUAUCUAGUGUUUCACAGCAGAUCAAAGCUUCCCUCUUUCAAAGGUCCCUGUACACCCACAAAUGUAUCAGCUCAGAUCAAUUGUGAGAACAAUACUGCCGCCGUGAGUUGGAACCCAAGUUCUGGAGCCCAGAGUUAUAUUUCAAGAGUUUUCUGGGUCAAUGAAGAGCCAUUUUCCUGCAAUUCCACUGGGAGCACCUGCGAUGUCAGUGCCUUGCCGUGUGGUCACACAUUUGCCAUCACUGUCACUGCAGUUAAUGAUCAGUGCACCAGUGAACCCAGUGCUCCAGUCCAGCUGCAGACUGGACCAUGUGUUCCCCAGAUCUUAGACACAUUACCAAGAUGUGCCAGGGAUUUCAUUAGCCUAUCAUGGGGUGAGACAUAUGGAGCAGAACAUUACGUGGGAACCUUAAUGGCAAGCAGUGGGAAUGCUUUAACCUGUAACACCACUGAUGGAAGCUGUGAUAUCAGAGCCAUAGAGUGUGGACGGACUUAUACUGCAUCUGUAGCGGCAUUUAAUGACCAGUGCAGCAGUGGGAACAGCUCAUCUGUCAUGAUCAAAACAGCUCCAUGUGUCCCCACUGAUCUCAGUGGCUCGGUGACAUGUGAUACCCAUUCUGUGACCUUGUCUUGGGAUUCUGCCCGUGGUGCAGAUAUUUACACCGUCACUGCUCAUAAUGGAGAGCAUGAGAGCUUGUGUGUUACUUCAAAUACAUCUUGCAAUUUUACUGACCUGCUGUGUGACGAGGACUAUGAAUUCACAAUAAGUAGCUCUUCUGAGAGCUGCAACAGCACUGGGAACAAAUCUAUCCAUUUUAAGACAAUUCCCUGUGCUCCCCAAAUACUUGAUGCCUAUGCAGCAUGCGAGAACAAUUCUGGGUUGGUAGAUUGGCACAAAAGUAAAAAUGCAAGAUCGUACCUAGUCAAUGCACAUGGCUUUAAUAGCUUCCGAACCUGCAAUACAUCUGACACGUCCUGUGAGCUCCAUAACCUGGAAUGCGGGCAGAAUUACACAGUGACAGUUUGGGCAGAGGAUGGAACCUGCAGGGGACCUGGCAGUACUCAGGUGACAUUCAAAUCUGUUCCAUGCAUUCCCCAGAAUGUUGUCUCCACUGUGAUAUGUGGUGAUAACGCAUUGUUAGUGUCCUGGAACAGCAGUUCUGGAGCCACUGGCUAUACUGCUACAGCUACUGGAAGACAUGGUCAUCUUCUCACAGUAAACACUUUUGAGACCAGUUGUAUGUUGCCCAUGCUGGAAUGUGGAGAAGUUUAUACCCUGACUGUCUUGGCCACGCAUGACGAUUGUAAAAGCACAGAAAGCUCUGAGGUGGAAUUUGUGUCAGCUCCUUGCAGCCCUCAGCACCUUACGGCUACACCUCAGUGUCACUUAAUGGGAGCAUCUGCUUUCUGGGAAUCAAGUAAGGGAGCAAAAUCGUAUGUCACAGAAUUUAUUGGACCGGAGGGGAACAGAACUACCUGCAACACAAAUGACACAUCAUGUUCAGUGUCUGGGCUUGGGUGUGGCCAAGUUUACGAUGUCACUGUGACAGCCUUUGAUGACAACUGCCACAGCUUAACCACGAAUAUUACUCAGAUGGCAUCAGCACCUUGUGCCCCCACUGAAGCCAUGGCUGAGAUAGACUGCACCGGCCACAGUAUCAAUGUCACCUGGACCCCCAGCACCGGUGCUGAAUCCUACACAGUCGUUGCCUUGGGAAAUGAUGGCCAAACAGUCUACUGCAACACAACAAUGAACUCAUGUAACAUUACAAACCUGCUCUGUGGAUACAGCUACUCAGUCUCCAUUAUAGCUAACAACAAGGACUGCAGCAGUGAAAUGCAUAGUGUGGGAGUUUUUGACACAGUCCCAUGUACACCAGAUAAUGUUUUGGCGAACAUUGACUGCGUGACAAAUGAAGCUCUGGUCUCCUGGCAGGAAAAUAAUUAUCGACAAACUUUCUAUACAGCGAUUGCCCGUGAUAUUUCAGGCAAUGAACUAUCCUGCUCUACUCUUUCUUCAUCCUGCCGAAUUUCUGAUUUGGGGUGUGGACAAGAAUAUUUCUUUGAGGUAACUGCAGGGAACCGGCAUUGUCAUUCACGACGGAGUGAAGUCUACAAAUUGAAGACAGCUCCUUGUGUUCCUGAAAAGACUAAAGUACUCAUGGACUGCAAAAAUAGUUCUGCCACACUCUUGUGGGAAGCAAGCAGGGGAGCUCUCUCUUAUCUGGCAAGCGUGUAUAAAGAUGAAAACCUUGUACACUCAUGCGACACGGAGCAGACUCUGUGCACGGCCCACAAACUAAACUGUGGAAGUACAUAUAUGUUUUCAGUAUUGGCUACAGAUGUGAAAUGUAACAGCUCCACCACCGCACCCAUCUUGUCUGGUUUAGUACCCUGUCCUCCUGACCAAGUGGAGACUUCAAUCUACCAUGGCACUGUAAAGCCUCAAGAAGUGGAGGUAUCUUGGAACGAAAGUCACUGUGGAGUAGAUUAUAUGGCUGCAGUCCAAGGGGAAAUAGCAAAUGAUCCAAACUCUUUAUUCAUCUUGAACUCUUACUGGACUUCUUACAUGGACUUCUACAUCCCAGUUCCCUGCAGUUCUUCUUACAAUGUCACAGUUACUGCUAGGAACUCAGCUGGAAUGAGCUUUCCAAGUGAUCCUGUUGAAGGUUACACAGCACCAUGUUCACCAUCUGUGAAGUCUCUGGAAGUAAUUAAUGGGAAAAUGUUUAUUUCCUGGGAAGAUCCAUCACAUACAGAAGAGUACAUAGUGUUGGAUGUGGCUAGCGAUGACAUUCUCUGCAGAACAACAAGCCUGUCCUGUGAGGUUCCCAUCACAUCUAGUACCCUACACCUUAUUGCAGUAAAUGAGGCUGGAGAAAGUGAGCCUUCUGUCCUUUCAACUGUGCUUGAAAACUAAUGAGUGGGACAUACCUUAUGUCUACAUGCUGAAAUAAAGCGGUUUUCACCAUUUUGUCAAGAGCACUUCCAACAUUAUAAUCUGUUAGCUGACACCACUGCCUAGUUUGCACACACUUCAUAAACAAAAUGAGAUUGUUAAAUGAUGUCGUAGUAAUACUUUCUGUAUGAAAAAUAUACAAUAUAAUGCGGUGAAAUGUCUUUAAAUUCAACAGAAUACUUUAAAAAUACUGUUAAAUGCUUAAAUAAAACAUUUUAGGUUGUU